UUUGUUGCGAACAUCAUACUCUCAGCAUUUCCAGUGGGGUCAUUAGAGAUGCAAAUCCCAGUCGCAGCGGUAUUUUAUGACACCUGCUCUUGUUUUCAAGGCCGGCUCCGGCAAGUGUCCCGUCGAGGACUUGCAAAUCAUGACGGAAAACGAGAGAGAGGCGGACAGAUGAGGACAUUACAUCCCACCUCCGCAUGAUACUUGAGCAUCUGCUUCUUUCUGCCACCGGUUGUCUCCGGGGAGCUUGAUGCUCAUGGGGGAUCUGUGUGAACUGGGUCAAAGAACCUCCUCAUUCCUGUACAGAUGUCUGGGUUCAUGCAGAGGAAACAGGUCCCAAACGCAUUACCAUGAUGAGAAAAUGAAAAGACUCAGUCAAAGCUCACCUUUGGGAAGAGAGGAGAUACAGGACAAGAUGAAGAGACUGAGACAAAAAGAAAGAGAGAAGGAGGGCACCUACUUCCAGUACUUUCUGAUACCUGGUACUGAUUUAAGAGCUCACAUGGCUCCUGUUGAUGAUGUUGGGGCAUGGGGGGAGUCACUCGACCAUCUUCUGGAGUGUAAAACAGGCCAGCUGGUGUUUGAGGACUUCUUGAGGACAGAAUACAGUGAGGAGAACCUUUUAUUUUGGCUGGCCUGCGAGGACUACAGGAAAAUUACCAGCAAGACAAAGAUGACGGUUGCUGCCAAAAGGAUCUACACAGAGUUUGUCCAAGUUGAUGCGCCUAGACAGAUAAACAUCGACUGUGUGACGAGAGAAGAGAUCAGUGAAAACAUCUCUGAGCCGGCGCCAAAUUGCUUUGAUGGGGCGCAGAGACUGAUAUACGCUCUGAUGGAAAACGACUGUUAUCCACGAUUUCUGAAGUCAGACAUGUACCAAGCUCUCCUGGAACAGGCUGAACAGCCGUGAAAGCAACUUGAGGAAGAAAAAAAAGUUUGUCCGACGCCUCUCUGAAUGAGUGAUUAUGCACUUCAGCCGACUCUCCUUAGAAUCUUGGUUUUAACAAAAAAAGGCUCGUCUGUCAGGGGAAGCAGAAGUGAAAAGCAAUACAUAGCUGUCGGUAUGAGGACUGACAGGAUCUAAAAGCCAAACAGAAUCUAAAUAAUGUAUUAAGCAGCUUUUGAAGUCAAAUUUUGUUUGGAUUGUUUUGUAUAGCACGGGAAAGGCCUGUAAGUCAAAAAACAAGGCUCACAUUGACUUAUGAAAGGUUGACAUUUGUUUGGAGAAGCAGGUCUCAAGUGUUCAUCAUUUGUGUGCACAAAUUAGUCAUUUGUACCAUUAAAUAAUUGUAAUAUAGAAAUGCUUAUUUAGUUCCUGCAGGGUUCAAUUUCAAAAGCCCUAUGUCAUGUCAACAAAAAACGUCAACUGCCCAAUGAACCUCAACUCCAAUGACAUCAUCAGUUAAACUAUUUAAGUUAUGUUUGAUCUCACUAUGUGUAUGACUAACAAACUACAUUAUGUGUAUUGGCAUGGCUCCAAAAACCUGUUAUUAACCUGUUGCAUUUCUGAAUAAUCAAUUUUUCUUUGUGAUCUACCCCCCUUGUUGUUUUGUUGGAUACACCUCUCAUGAAAGUACAGUGAGAGCAACUUUGAAGCACUGCAUACUCCCUGCUCUUUAAUAAGUUAUUUCAAUCAGGAGAGACAUGUUUGCAGAUAUACAAAUAAGAUUUAUUGUACAGCUCAAAUAAAAUGUACAAAGAGAACCAUCGGACCCCCCAAUGGAAUUUAGACACUGGUUGUGGCGACAAAGGAGCCCGAAGACCAGACCAAAGGAGGCUCUGGACCGGUCAGCUGGAGUAGAUGACUGGAGGUGGAAGGGGGGGUGGAGGGUUGCACUCUUUGCCUGCAACGACAGCUGAAUAGCACAGGGAGAAAGAAUUAUUUAAAGCAGGUUUGAUUGGCCCUUGCCAUGGUGUUGCGAUUCUGAUUGGUUUAGCAGGAAGGUGAACGCCUCCACCAGCUGAUUGGAGUUAAGUAGAGCAUUGAUUAAGAGUGAGGUCUCCCUGAAAAGAUUUAUGCUGAGAGACAUUUCAAUCAAGAGAGACAAGUUGCAGAUAUGUGACAGUUAUACACGCAUGAUAAAAUAUACAUUUAUUAGGAUAACAGCUGAAUUGAUUUAGGAGUG